AUGUCCUUUGCUCGUCCUCACUCCCCUCCUCCCCCAAUGCCGUCCCCAAAGCUCACUCCAACCCCCCUGCCAUCGCCACCUCCCUUCACCCCCAAACAGUCACGCUCCCGUCUCAUUGUCCCCGCUCAGCAUUCCCCACCAAUCCCUCCCAGCCUCAUUGGCUCACCGCUCCUGAAGAAGACCCUUAACUAUUCUCGCUCACACGACAGUCUUCACGGCAGAGCAAGGACGAGUCCGUUCGACGAGGACGAUGAGUUUGGCGCGCGCAAGACACGGACUGCGAGAAGGACUGCAUCCACUUCCUCAUUUUCCCUACCCCCACCAGCGCGCUCCGUACACAUCGUGAAACGGAACGGUACAAACUCCCCGUACCGCUCCCCUCCUCCUAGCCCCGCAAUCGCAUCACCCCCUCCUCCUGUUCCCCCUAUUCCGUCCUUCGUUCUCAGCUCUGCAGAGAAUUAUAAGAAACCAGUCCUCCAUCCUCAGCCAAAGCGUUCCACAAACUCGAGCAUCCUCGAGCUCUACAUCAACCGCUCAGCCGACGUUCACUCGCCUAUGUCUAGGAAGCGAUGUGUGUCAUCUCCCCGUGAUGGCGGUGCUAUGACUUGUAUGCAAUUCUUUACCAUCCAUAACUCGCCCCAAAAGAGCUGUCAAGUAUGA